AUGGGAGGGAAAGGAGAGAAAAACUACCUAGCUGCUCACGGCGGACCGGCGAGACUACCUCCGCCGCGUGAUCGUUCGGAGCAAGAUGCACUUCCUUCCAAGCUCCGUGUUCUCAUGAACUACACCUCUCCCUCUCCCCACGAUUCUACUAAACAAGUUGUCGAGAAGAAAGAAAAUAAUACUAAAGCUAGAGUAGAUGCUGCUGCCAAGGAGAAUGAUGCACUGUUGAACAAUGGAGAUGAAAAGAUGAAGAAGCUAAAGAGAAAAAGAAAGAGGAAUCAAGUAAAAGACCUUCGUUUCGAACAGGAGCUUGCGGAGUUGGAUGGUCGGUCUAAAAGGAAAGAACGCAAGAAGAAGUAUUGGGAGGCUAAGAAGCAGAAAAAGAGUCAAGGAAAGACUGAAGAUACACUCAGAGAAAACUUCCCGAAGCAUGAAGAGAUCAGGUUUGGUGAUGUGGUGCAAGCUCCACCAAAACUGGCUCUUGUUCCAAAGGCACGAAAGACUCCUAUGAGUGCUUCAAAGGAGAGGCAGCGAUUAGAGGCCAUUGAAGCUUAUAGAUCUCGAAAUGGAUGGACCUCAAGACCAGGUGAUCAGAUUCCUUCUGUGGCCAUGCAAUAAGAUGCGCCAUGAACUCAGUUUUGUAGUGUGAGUGUGACUCCUCUGUUUUUUGUUUUGUUCUAGCUGGCUGUCAACUUAUAGAUCACAAUGUUCCGCUCUUUAGAUUGUAAUCUUACUGGAAACAUUAUGACAGUUGAGUUAACCAGAGUACUCUUUCAAUAUAUAUAAGCAGAUU